AUGGGAGAGUCAGCGUUUACAAAUUUAUUUGUAAUUGGAGUUGUGACUGCUAUCGCUUUUUAUUCAGGAUUACAAUUUGAUAGAAGUUCAAGACCUGAAGAGGUAUUUUUCUUAAUUUUCAAAUUUUUUUCAAAAAUAUUAUCAGAAAUAUGUAUUCUAGCGACUUUCAUCAAAACAUCUUUACGAAGAAAAGCGACUUGAAGAUGGUUCAAAAGAAUAUUCGAUUGUUCUUGUAACCGAUUUGGAUCAUGAUAGUAAAGAUGGCAAAAAGUGGAAAUCUUUGGUGUCUCGGGGAUUUUUGAGAUUGUCCGCUGACAAAAAAUCAGCCAGUGUGAAUUUCAAUCCGGAUAAUGAAUAUUAUGUUGACACGUGAGUUGUGUUUUUUAGAAUUUUGAAAAUUUCGAUUUUUAUUGAUUAAUUUUUUGAAAGCGGUGGGAUUUUUGUGGUGUCUUGAAGAAUUUUUCAUUCGGAAAUAAAGGGUUUUUCAGAAAAAAAAAAUCUAACCGAAUCAAAACUUCCCAGAAAUCCCAAAUUUUAUUUCCAGAAAUAUUGCUGCUGGUGGUCGUGCUAUGGAGUUGUCAGAUCUUGCAGUUUUCAAUGGAAAAUUGUACUCGGUCGAUGAUAGAACUGGUCUGAUUUAUCAAAUUAGUGAUAAAAAGGUGAGGUCAACUUGUUUUUCAAAAUUCUAUUUUGAUAAUUUCAGGCAAUCCCAUGGGUUUUGUUGAACGAUGGACCUGGAAAUGUUCAAAAAGGAUUGAAGGGUGAAUGGAUUACUGUUAAGGAUCAUGAAUUGAUUGUUGGAGGGCUUGGGAAAGUGAGUUGUUUUGUUAGUUUGAAAAUCACAAACCAACCAAAUUUCCAGGAAUGGACAACAACAGAUGGUGAAUAUGUGAAUGAUCAUCCAAUGUGGGUGAAACAUGUCUCAUCAAAUGGUGCAGUAUGGCACGAAAACUGGAAAAAUGUUUUCAUCAAUGUCCGUCGCGCUGUCGGCAUCGAAUCGCCUGGUUACAUGAUUCACGAAGCGAUUCAAUGGUCGCCAAUUCAUCGCCAAUGGUUCUUCCUUCCACGUCGAAUGUCAACCGAAAAAUAUUCGGAAGCUGACGAUGAACAUCGCGGUACAAAUGUGAUGAUAAUCGCAUCCGAAGACUUCAAAACAUUCCGAGUGGUUCGAGUUGGUUCAGAUGAGCAUAAAACUCGUGGAUUCUCUGCAUUCCAAUUCAUUCCAAACACUCAUCAAAAUCUGAUUUUGGCUAUUAAAUCGGAGGAGAGAGAUGGUAAACCAGUUGCAAGUUAUGCUUCAGUUUUUGAUGUUAAUGGUACUGUGAUUCUUGAUGAUUUCCAACUUCAUGGUCCUUAUAAAUACGAAGGUGUCGCUUUUGCGUGA